GGCAGCGGGUGGGUGACUACUAGCUAGCUAGUUAGUUUGUGCUCACGUUUAUUGUUAAGGUUGUAUGGAGUAGCACUGCGAGUCUCAAUCCCUUUUCACAAUAUCAACAAAAGCAUUGGCCACGAGUUAAUGAUACUAGUCCUACUCUUAAGAAAUGAGACCACACACUACAUCAGCACAGCUAUCGUUUCCACACACUGAGGAACAGAGUCACAUCAGCUGAAGGAACCUUUCCACCAGCAAUGAAUGAAACCAGGAAAGAAGAGACACAGCUCCACCAACACUAAUACACACACUUACAUUAAUACCAAACAUACAACCUUUUAUUCCCUAAUCGUGUCUUGCCUCAACAUGGCAAACUCAGUGGCCACUCUAGUGGUCCAAGCGGAACCAUUACCCCCUCAAUCGUCGUCCUCCCUCUCUCCCUUCCCAUCGCUGCAGGGAUCAGGAGAAGGGGAGGAGGACAGGGAAAGGGGGGAAGAAGUGGAUGGGGAGAAAGGGAUGGUGGAGGGGAAUGAGGAUAUAGUGCUAACCAGGGUAGGGGCGCAGAUGGUGACGUCAUCGGUCCUGGCUGCGCCCCAUCUCCAGGAGCACCCUGAGCACCCGUUCCAGUGCCUGGACUGUGGCAAGAGCUUCAAGUGGUCUUCAAGGCUGGCCCACCACCAGCGCAGCCACAACAACGAGAGACCCUACCGCUGUAACCUCUGCCCCAAGGCCUUCAAGGGCUCCUCCGCACUCCUGUACCACCAGAGGUCUCAUUCAGGGGAGAAGCCCUAUAAGUGUGAUGACUGUGACAAAGCCUUCAAACGUUCCUCUCUGCUCCAGGUCCAUCGUAGCGUCCACACAGGCCUGCGGACCUUCCAGUGCCCCUACUGCCCGCUCACCUUCAAGUGGAGCUCCCACUACCAGUACCACCUGCGCCAGCACACGGGCGAGUGCCCCUACCCCUGCGACAGCUGCCCCAAGGCCUUCAAGAACUCCAGCAGCCUGCGCCGACACAAGAACGUUCACCUGGGUCUGAAACCCUACGUGUGCACCGUGUGUACCAAGGCCUUCACCCAGUCCACCAACCUCAGACAACACAUGAGAAUCCACACAGGAGAGAGGCCCUACAUCUGUGGAGAGUGUGGACGCAGUUUCACACACUCGUCCAAUCUGGCCCUGCACCGGAAUUCUCAAAGUCACACUGGUGAAGGAAAGGGGGGGGGGAUACAGGGGGAGACAACAUGGGGGAUGAGAUACAGGAAGGCCAUCGGGACAGAAGUGCACAUGAGCACGGAGUCGGGCGCCAGCGUGCUGCUGUACAGCUGUGGCAGCUGUAGUCAGACAUUCAGCACACGGACAGAGCUAGAGGACCACCAGGGGGAGGGGGGAGAAGGAGGGGUGGGGCAUCUGCUGGCUGACUUUGAGGAGGUGGUGGAGACGACGGCAGCAGCAGAGAACGGACACACUACUGCUGAACUACUGGGACUGACCGGGGGAGUGGACGGAGGGAAUAUGGGGACUACCCAGGCAGAUUUUGACCUGCUGCAGAGCUUCACAGUGGGGGCUCAGAUCCCCACAGACAGCGUGGAGACAGGGGGUAACACCACAGGUCCAGGGAUGGGCACAGAGUGCGCCUACUGUGGGAAGAGCUUCAAGACCAGCGGAGGGCUCAACAGACACCUGGCACAGGUCCACUCCCUCUCUCCCUCUCAGUCUCGCUCCCAGUUCAGCUGCUCUGCAUGCGACCGCUCCUUCACCCUCCUCUCUUCCCUGCUCACCCACCAGCACUCCCACACCCCUGAGCAGCGCCUCCUGGCCGAGGCUGAGGCGGAGAUCGUCUGCCCCGCGUCCCUGUCCCUUUCCCUGCCCCUUCCCUCCUCCCCCAGCCAGGGGGACCAGCACCAGGACACCCAGGGGGACAUCCACGUCCGCCUGAUGGCUGUGACCGAGGAGGGGGACAGGGAGGUGGUGAAGGCAUCCAGCAGAGCAGUGGUCAAGGGCCAGAGGAGAGGAGCAGCUAGUAAGAACGCUGGGGGGAACAAUGAGAGGCCGUACCGUUGCUCUGAGUGUGGGAAGGCCUUCAAGGGCUCAUCAGGUCUGAGGUACCACAUGAGGGACCACACAGGAGAGAGACCCUACCGCUGCACAGAGUGUGGCAAGAGCUUCAAGAGAUCCUCACUGCUCUCCAUACACCAGAGGGUGCAUACAGGUGUGCGAGCGUUCCAGUGCCCCUACUGCCAGCUCACCUUCAAGUGGAGCUCCCACUACCAGUACCACCUGCGCCAGCACACGGGCGAGCGGCCCUACGUGUGUCAGGAGUGUGGCAAGUCCUUCAAAAACAGCAGCUGUCUGAGGAGACACAGUCAGCUCCACUCUGGCCUGCGCCCUCACAUCUGUCCCGUCUGCUCCAAGUCCUUCUCACAGACCUCUAACCUCAAACAGCACGAACGCACCCACUCAGGCGAGCGGCCCUUCCAGUGUGCCCAGUGUCACAAGAGCUUCACCCACUCCUCCAAUCUCCAGCUCCACCUGAGAACCCACUCCUCCAGGAAGGACUACAAAUGUCCCUUCUGUGGGAAGGAGUUUGUCAUGCAGUCCUACUUGCAGAGGCACAUGAGGACCCAUGGGAACGGGGCUGUGGCCGGGGACGCUGGGACACAGUACAUCCUCCUACAAUGCCCCUCCACCAAUGGGAGCCAGCCCAGCCUGAUUCUCGUCCCCACCACAGCGACCAAUCCCCAGCCCACCCUGGAGCCCCAGGGCCUCCCAUUGGUCCAGACAGUUCUAAACCCUGCCCAAACCCAGAUGCAACAUUUCCAGACCAUAUCCCAGCAACAACAGCAGCCCAGGUUCAUCAUCACCACCAACAACAAUGUAAACAACCCUCCCAUUGCUAAGACAACAACUCCCUCCCUGAACUCUAUGCUGAACAAGCCCAUUUUAGGGAAAAGUACCCGGACAGCCAGGUCCAGGAGAGGACGGAAACCCAAAGCCGCUGCCUUAAUGCCUCUGAAUGGGCAGGAGGUGGUGUUUGAGCUGGGGGAUGAGAACAAGAUGGUGGGCCAGGGGUCUGGAGAGAGUGUGCAGAUGAUAGCCCUGAUCCAAGGCGAAGGGGGUGGGGAGGGAGAAGGGGGCAGUUACAGCGGGGCAGGGGGGGCAAUAGGGGAGGGCAGGGGGCCAAUGGAGGGCAUCUUUCAGCUGGAGGGAGGAGAGGGGAUCGUCAUAAUUGAGGCCUUGUCCAGCUACUGA